AUGUCAACGGCAGCCCUCACGGCGGCGCCGCUGACGCUCCCGCUCGGGAUGGCGACAGGCGGGCUGCCUCCUGUGGCCGCCGACUUCAGCAUCCGGCAGUCGCCCUUUAGCGCAGACGACGCCCUGGCGCUGCAGCAGGCCAUCGCGGCCGCCAUGCAGCCCGUGGCGCAGCCGCCGUCGCCCGUGCAGCAUGGCGGCCCGCCCGCCAAACGCGUGCGCUCGGCCGAGCCGUCUCCCCGGGCGGCGGCGGGCGCGCAGCAGCAGCAGUUUGGUGGCAAGCACCGCCCGCCCCGGCCCCCCGUCCUCGUCGACAGCGGGUCCCUGGUGCUGGAUGUGCCGCGCGAGGGCAGCGGGUCGCCCGCCGGCACGGGGCGCUCGCCCCGCGGCGGCGGCGGCGCCGCCUCCCCGGGCAUCCGCCGCCCCACCAAGCAGAUGUCCAAGACGCUGGGGCGGGUGUGCAUCGAGUGCGGCACCUCCUCCACCACCCAGUGGCGCUCCCAGGGCCUGCUGUGCAACUCGUGCGGCGUGAAGCUGAUCAAGGGGCGGCUGCCCAUGGACGCAGACGCCAUGCACCGCCGCUGGCUGCGCCUGCCGCCCACCCUGCGCGACCACCCCAUGUGGGCGGCGGCAAAGGUGGUGGCGGCGGCGCAGGGCGCGGCGGCGGCCGCCGCCGCCGCCGGCCAGCCCUGGUCCUGCCCCGGGUGCGGGCGGCAGGGCGGGGAGCGCGUGGCGGGGCCCUGCGGCCUGCAGCACUGCCCGGGCUGCGCGGGGCGGCACCAGCUGGCGGCGCCCCCCAGCGGCGCGGCGGCGGUGGCGGCCGCGGUGGCGGCGCCCUGCCUCAGCCCCGCCGCCGCCGCCCCCGGCACCGGCGGCCACAAGCGGCGCAAGCAGUCCACGCCUCGCUCCACCGCCGCCGACUCGCUCUCCCCCGCCUCCCUCAGCAGCAGCGGCAGCAGCAGCAUCCAGGCCUACAGCUGGCAGAGCACGCGCGAGGAGGGGCAAGAUGAUGCCAGCUCCAAGGAACCCAGCCCGCCAGGCCGCCCCACGUCGCGGCGCCUGCACCUGCGCCGCAAGCAGCAGCAGGAGGAGCAGGCGCACGCCCACCACGCCGGCGGCCGCCCCGCAGCGGCGGCCCCCGCCACCCCGGCCUCCGGCAGGACGCCGCCGGCGGCUGCGGCGGCUGCGGCGGCUGCGGCGGCGGCUCGGCUGCCCGCCGAGACGCCCACCGCCGCCGAGGCGGCGGCGGCGCUGCUGGUGCUGACAGAGUCGGAUGAGGAGCCCACGGUGGUGCAGGCGGGCGGCGGCCGCGCCGCCGCGCCGCUGCACGGCGCGAUGCACCUGCUGGGUGGCGGCGGCCGGCACGCGGCCGCCCCCUGCGCCCCGCCCGCCGCCGCCGCCGCCGCCGCCGUGGACAGCAUGCAGCUGUACAGCCAGCUCAUCACGGCGGCCUGCACCCCGCAGGCGGCGGCAGCGGGCCUGUGCCAGGAGCUGGUGGGCAGGUACCUAGCGGCGCACACGCAGCCCACGCAGGUGCUGGCCGCCGCAGGCUGCGCCGCGUCGCCCGAGGUGGCGGCCGCCAUCCGGGCGCAGCAGGAGCAGCAGGCGCGCCUGGUGUCCACGAUGGCCGCAGAGCGCCAGUACACGGCGGUGGUGGCGCUGAUGAGGAGCGUGGUGCAGCUGGCUGGGCUGGCAGACUAG